AUGGAUUUACCCGAUUCAGGGAGCCUCUCUGAUCUAGAUGAUCAGAAAUGGAAUUCGGACGCUCCCGAUGAUGCUGGCAGUGCCCAUCCCACCGCGGACUGCGGUAUCGGCCACCGCGUCCUAGCCAGUCGCUCCGUGCUCGCCCUAGCAGUCGACGAGCAAUGUGUCUAUGCAGGCCUUCAAGGGGGUGAUAUCUUCGCGUGGUCCCUUGAAACAUACGAGCUCGUGCUCUCAGUCCACGCACACAAAGAGAGCGUGCUGGGCCUCUAUCUCUCCGAAGAUGGCAACUUACUAUUCUCAAGUGGCGGUGACUCCGUGGUCAAUGUGUGGUCCACGAGAACCUUUGAACGGCUCUUCUCAAUCUAUUGCCACCAUGACGUGGGCGAUAUUUUCACAGUAGUCUACUCAUCGGCCAACCAAAGCAUCUACUGCGGUGCGCAGAACACGAGCAUUCAGUGGUGUGAUUUCUCUGAAGAAGGGUCAACCCUGAACCAGGCCUCAUCGGCCCACCCAUUGAAGCGCACGCAUCGCUUCUUUGAUUCCCGGGGGCCCGAUGGCACUCGUGCCCAAGGGUCAUCCGAUGGUGCAGUCUCCGAUGGCGGCCGUGUGCUGAGCUUCAAGCGAGAUCACCACAAGCUCUUCGCGCACCAUGGCUAUGUCUACUCUAUGCUUCUGGUCAAAGGACUGGUCGAGUCCGCUCCCUCCGAGGAGGUUCUACUAACGGGCGCGGGCGACGGAGUGGUCAAGUUAUGGCGCGUCGGCCAGCAACCGGGUGGAACUCCUUCCCAGAUCGCGAAACUGCAAAACGGGGAUCCGGUACUAUCGAUUGCCGUAGAAGGCUCCUUGCUCUACUGUGGUCUUGCCGGUGGCGCUCUCAACAUCUGGAACUUGGACUCGCAGCAGUUGGUGAAGCGAAUCACCAGGCAUACCGGUGAUUUGUGGGCCGUGCACGUCAUCCAGGGCGUCGCUAUCUGCGGUGACUCGAGUGGUGUAGUAAAGAAAUUCAACUCCCGGUUCGAGGAAGUCGGUGGCUGGGUCGCCCAUGAAGGCACCAUGCUGGCCUCUGCUGCUGGCCGAUUCAAAGACCGCCAGAUCUACGCGACAGGUGGAAACGAUAACUCAGUGGGUAUCUGGGACUUGACUGAGUUCUUCAUGACCCAGGAGGAACUUCCUCCAAUUAGCAACGAUGAAAUGGUCAACAGUUUGGCCAAGUUUGUCUCCUUCAAAACUAUCUCGGCAAGCCCUAAAUUCUCCGGCGAAUGCAACCAGGGUGCAGCUUUCCUCCGACGACACUGCAACUACCUCGGCGCCAAAACCAAGCUUUUGACAACGGGGCAGGAAACGAAUCCUAUUGUCUUCGCACGAUUCAACGCAACUGCACCGGAAAAGGUUGACAAGACGAUUCUCUUCUAUGGACAUUACGAUGUCGUGGGUGCGGAAACGAACCGACCAAAAUGGAGGACAGAUCCCUACCAACUCACUUCUAUCAAUGGGUUCCUGUAUGGCCGUGGUGUCUCCGAUAACAAGGGGCCUAUACUGGCAUCCCUGUAUGCCGCGGCUGAUCUGUUCCGAACCAAGACUUUGCGCUGCAAUGUCGUCUUCCUGAUCGAGGGCGAGGAGGAGUCUGGUUCUCAGGGAUUCCACCAGGCUGUCCGAGAACACAAGGAGCAGAUUGGCCCCGUGGAUUGGGUUUUGUUGGCGAACAGUUACUGGCUUGACGACUACAACCCCUGCUUGACCUACGGACUUCGCGGAGUGGUGCACGCAAAUCUGGUGGUAACAAGUGACCACCCCGACCUUCAUAGCGGUAUCGAUGGCAGCACGUUGCUCGAUGAACCAGUCAAAGACAUCGCCAUGCUUCUAGCGACCAUCGUUGGGCGCAAGGGUAAAAUUAACAUCCCCGGUUUCCACGACGCUGUCAGGCCCCUCACAGACGCCGAGCAGAAACGGUUCGAGGCCAUUGCAGACGCAUUGCUUCUUCAGCAUCCGGAAAUCCCCAACAGCGAGGCUUUGAUUAAAUCCCUCAUGCACCGCUGGCGCGAACCCGCAUUGACCGUCCACUCCGUCGAGGUCCCUAGCAGCAAGAGCGCCACCACCAUCGCCCGACGUGCCAAAGCAAGCAUGUCAAUCCGUAUCGUUCCCGACCAACAGGCCGACGAAGUCGCCGCCGACCUCACCGCAUAUGCCCAAGAGCAAUUCGCCCUGCUCGACUCGCAAAAUGACCUGACGGUCGAAAUCACCGGCAAGUCCGAUGCCUGGCUCGGCGACCCGGACAAUGAGAUCUUCGCCACCCUAUCUGAAGCCAUCACCGCCGCCUGGAGCCCCAGCCAAGAGGAAACGAAACGCCAAUUCCCCCCGCCACCGCAAUCCACCCAAACCCGUUCCUCCAAGCCGAAACCCGGCGGUCCAAUUCCAGACCUCCGCCGCCAGGACUCCUCCGACAGUCUCGCCUCGCAUGUGGAGCGGGUAAUCACGUCCACGACGACCUCGUCUGCCGGCAAGGAAGCCGCCCGCAAACAGUCAUCGCAGUCAGCCGCGACAGUGCCGACCUCAUCAACCCUCACCGCCACGCCCCCGGAGGAACCGGCCGUAUUGCCAAUCCGAGGAAAGUCCGACGCAGACGGAAAAUCCAAGGCUGAGCCGUCCCGCCUGGUCAAACCGAUGUUCAUUCGCGAGGGCGGGUCUAUUCCGACGAUCCGGUUCUUAGAAAAGGAGUUCUCGGCCCCGGCGGCUAACUUGCCAUGCGGACAGGCUAGUGAUAACGCCCAUUUGGAUAACGAGCGUAUGCGCAUCGAGAAUUUGUACAAGAGCCGAGAGAUCUUCCGCUAUGUCUUUGCCAAUCUGGUGAAGUCAUGA